AUGACCGGUGUUGUAAUAUAUCAAAUGAGAGAUGCAGGAGAACGCCGCUUGAUCUCCAUUCCCUCGGUGUCUGCAAAACAUGCAAGUGCUUUCUUCUCCUCUUGCAUACCUUUUGUUGAACUCUUGAUUUGUAAAGACAUUCAAUCUCAGACUUUGUACUAUACAGAUCAAGGUCUACUUCCGAGAACCAAGUCCAAGUCCAAGCCCAAGCCCAAGCCCAUGUUGUUUUUAUCGCCACUUCUCACCGCCCUCCCACCGCUUGUUCCCCCACUCUUCUCCGGACUUUGUGGUUUUGCAUCUGAGGAUAACUGCGACAAGGACUUGAGACCAAAUACCAAGGUACAAGAUCAACUGGGAACUGGGAUUGAGUGCCUGAUUCGGGCUUGGUUUUUUUCCUGCUCGUCUCUGGUUUUUCACUGGCUUAUCUUGAUCUUCUUUCGCAUUACCUCGGCCACUUUUUUUUUUUCUUUAUCUGUCUUUCAUCGCUCACACAGUCCUCUAGAACUUUUCGGUCACUUUGCGCUUGUGCCUCUCGAUUGGCUUACACAUUUGUGGUCGCGAUCUGCACAGUUCUCCCAUCGACUAAUCCCGGGUUAA